CAUCACUGCUCCUCUGCUGCUGCGCUGGUCGCAGUUCAGUCAGAAGAACUCGAAGGAGGGAAAAAUCCCAAUUUGACAAAAACCCUAAAAAGGCUCUCUCUCUCUCUCUCUGGUUCUGACGUUUGAGCUUCUGUUCUCUCUGCGGCGAAGCCAUGGGUCUCUUCUAGCAGUUGCCCAUAGCGGGAGUUUCUGCCCUUUCCGCUCUCUCUUUGAUCACUUUCUUCGCCCAAGAGUGGAAGGCCGGAGGUUGUGCCUCUGAUGGCGAGUCUUGUCCGGGGCUGGUCUCGUCUCCUCAGAAGGUCUCUGUCGGAGGUUGAGGGUCACAGGAGAGGGGUGCUGGGGCCGGCUUCCCAGUUGUGCUACUUCUCUACCAAAGGCAGGAAGAAAUCCAAGUCUGAUGGAAGUGAUUCUUGUGAGGAAAAUAUGUCCAAAAAGGACGUCGCCUUGCAACAAGCGUUGGAUCAGAUCACUUCCUCCUUUGGGAAGGGGUCAAUAAUGUGGCUUGGCCGUUCUGUCUCUCCUAGAACUGUUCCUGUAAUCUCCACAGGCUCGUUUGCUUUAGACAUAGCUCUUGGAAUUGGUGGACUUCCCAAGGGCCGUGUUGCGGAAAUAUACGGUCCAGAGGCUUCUGGAAAGACAACUCUUGCACUACAUGUAAUUGCUGAAGCUCAAAAGCAAGGAGGAUACUGUGUUUUUGUUGAUGCUGAGCAUGCCCUUGACCCAGCAUUGGCUGAGGCUAUUGGAGUUAACACCGAAAAUUUGCUUCUCUCACAACCCGAUUGUGGUGAGCAAGCUUUGAGCCUCGUAGAUACACUUAUAAGGAGUGGUUCCGUGGAUGUUGUUGUUGUUGACAGUGUUGCUGCACUUGUGCCUAAAGGUGAACUUGAUGGUGAGAUGGGAGAUGCUCACAUGGCAAUGCAAGCUAGAUUGAUGAGCCAGGCACUUCGCAAAUUGAGUCACUCUUUAUCACUCUCCCAGACAAUUUUGAUCUUCUUAAAUCAGGUGAGGUCGAAGCUUUCUACUUUUGGUGGAUUUGGCGGGCCCACUGAAGUUACUUGUGGGGGAAAUGCCCUGAAGUUCUAUGCUUCGGUGCGCCUAAAUAUUCGAAAAACAGGGCUUAUUAAGAAGGGAGAAGAGACCGUAGGAAGUGAAGUCCAGGUGAAAGUUGUCAAGAACAAGUUGGCCCCUCCUUUCAGAACAGCUUCUUUCGAGCUUGAGUUUGGGAAGGGAAUAUCCCGUACAAUGGAGAUCAUUACUUUGGGACUGAAGCACAAGUUUGUCUCAAAAGCUGGGGCUAUGUACAGUUUAAAUGGGCAGAGCUUCCGAGGGAAGGAAGCUUUCAGGGAUUUCCUCGACAAGAAUGAAGAUGUUCGUGAAGAUCUCAUGUCGAAGCUGAGAGAGAAGCUCCUCCAUGAGCCCGAGAAAGGACCCGAGGCUGAAACAUCAGAUGGAGCUUUGGAAGAAGUGAUCUCUACUGAUGAGGAAGCCCCAGCUGCGGCUGAAGCUUAAUUAUUCGAUGGAUCCUGAAAGAGACUGAUAUGACAUUGUCUCUGGUUGCAAGGAUCCACUGAUAUCGUAUGACCUUCAGGUGGCUCCAGAUGAUCGGACUCAGAUGAUGGGCUUUUAUACCGUGGACAGACCAGAGGAGCUAGGAGCAAGUACUGAAGGACUUGAGGGCAAAUGUAUGCUUCCUUUCUAACCCAUAAAUUUUAAGGUUGCAUAUGAUAGCACUGUGAGUUUUUUUUGUUUUUUUGGGUUUUUUUUUUCGUCUUGUAUAUGUCAAAUAGUGGAAUUGGUCAGAAGUUCUGCCGGGUUGAACAGGUGCAGAUUGGAAAGAUAUUGAUGUCAGAUGUUAAAUUUUCUUGAUCCAUCUAUUUGUACGUGUCUUAUCGAUGAUUAUUUGAUCUC